AUGAAUUUCAGUGAGCUCGUUAAUGACUUCUUGGUUGUUGUUACAGGAACGGUUUACGACCAAGCAGUGUUUCGAGUUGUUUGCGAUGGUUACACUGCUCCUAUCAACGCUGGGGCCUUUGUGGAUCUGGUAAACAGAGGAUUUUAUAACGGAAUGUCUAUCCAGCGCUCCGAUGGUUUUGUUGUUCAAACUGGCGAUCCUGAGCCGGAGAACACUGAGGGCGUGCAUGGUUUUAAGAACUCCGACGGAACGCUGCCGCUUGAGGUGUUCGCUGAAGGAGACAAGGAGCCAACCUACGAGACAACUCUUGAGGAUGACGGCCGCCCUCUAGCUCAGCCCAAGUUGCCCUUCUCUGUCUACGGCACCCUAGCCAUGGCAAGAUCCGAAGAUAAUGCCAACGAUGCGUCUACGCAAUUCUUCUUCCUGCUCUUCGAUCCUGAAUUGACCACCGCUGGGAGAAAUCUGAUGGACGGCAGGUUCAGCACUUUCGGUUACGUUGUGGAAGGAAACCGCCUUCUCUCAAAUGUCGAGGUCGGCGACAAGAUUAUUUCAGCCAAGGUUGUUUCCGGUAUCGACAACCUGGUAGUCCCUAAGUAA